UUCUGCCUCCUUCCCUCUCCCGUCCUUCUCCAACUUCGUCGUAUGGAUCGCGAAGCAGUGUUUGAGUUUCUUGGGCAAGUCCCAUUGAUGCAGCGGCUCCCCAGUUCUUCUCUCCGAAAGAUAGCGGAGGUCGUUCAAGUGAAGCAUUACGAGUGUGGUGAGUACGUGGUUCAUGAGGGAGAAACUGGAGAGGGCCUCUACUUUAUCUGGGAAGGCCAGGCUGAGGUUUCUGGAUCUGUUAAUGCAGAGGAAGGGCAUCGGCCAGAGUUCCUACUGAAACAGUAUGAUUAUUUUGGCUAUGGUAUAACUUUGACCUGUCAAUGCAUUUUUCGCCUAUAUUUAAGGCUUCUUUUCUGUCAUUAAGUAUUGCAGAUCCUU